UAACUUUUCCAACUGCCUUGUCACAUCGACAUCAUGGCGUAGCGAUGUGGAGGGACGUGGGUUCGUUCGUACUGGUGGGCACUGAAAAGUUAAGAAACAACACGCUGUGGAGUCUUGUGUAAAUGAUAGAGGAAACAAACCAAAAGAAAGUUUAAUUUUUUCAACCGUAGUUGCGGUUUGUCAGUGACUGAAGAUGAUGUCUGAUGCCAGCGACAUGUUGGCUGCUGCCCUGGAGCAGAUGGAUGGGAUAAUAGCAGGUAAAGCAUUAGAGAUGUCAAGCUCCAAGUCCUUGGACUACUCCAAUGGUUUGUUUGACUGUCAGUCACCUACCUCCCCAUUCAUGGGUAGUUUGAGGGCACUCCAUCUUUUGGAAGACCUGAGGAGUGUACUAGAGCUGAUGGACACAGAGGAACGAGAAAGUCUGCGUUGCCAGAUUCCCGACUCCACAGCUGACGGUCUGGUUGAGUGGCUCCAGGGUCAUCUGUCCAAUGGUCACAUUUCUUUGGCUGGAGGCGACCAUUACCAGGAAAGACUUUCCCGACUAGAGAGUGAUAAAGAGUCUCUGGUGCUUCAGGUGAGUGUGCUGACCGACCAGGUGGAGGCGCAGGGUGAAAAAAUCCGGGAUUUGGACUUGUGUUUGGAUGAGCACAGGGAGAAACUCAAUGCCACUGAGGAGAUGCUUCAACAGGAGCUUCUUUGCAGAACUGCUCUGGAAACUCAGAAGCUUGAACUCAUGUCUGAAGUGUCAAACCUCAAACUGAAGCUUGGUUCUAUGGAGAAGGAGAGACUGGACUUUGAUGACCGAUUUAGGGAUAGCGAGGAUUUGAUUCUUGAAAUCAAUGAGCUGCGGUACAGAUUGACUGACCUGGAGAAUGAAAAAUUACAGUACGAAAAGAAACUUAAAACCACAAAGGAGGAGCUUGCCAUGCUGAGGAGGCAGCUGGAGGGCAAAGAUGGAGAGAUGAGGAGACUACAGGAUGAGGCAGGCUUUAAAUCCAUCACCGUGAGCAGUGUAGAUCCCACAGAGAGAGUCUCUCAUCCAGAUGAAACUCUUAGAAAGAGGCUGAAAGAAAAACAUGUGGAAGUGCAAAGAAUGAAAAAGGCUGUUGAGUCCUUGAUGGCAGCAAAUGAAGAAAAGGAUCGCAAGAUUGAGGAGCUGAAGCAGUCGCUUCUGCGGUACAAGAAAGUCCAAGACAUGGUGAUGUCGGUACAAGGGAAAAAAGAGAAAACUAAAGAGGACGAGCAAGUUGAGAGUUCUGGUAAUGGAUCCAGUGCAGUCUUCUCUAUCAACACCAUGAAUGUGGAAUAUGAACAACAAGAAGUUGCAGGUGCUGAACAACUGAGAAGGAAGAGCCCAGAUGAGAUGGAGAGGUUUAAUGGACAUGGAGAAGAGCCUUCACCUACUCCCAGUGCUUCCGUUCCAGAGCAAAUAAUGGAGUCCACACCUACAGAUCUAGAAAGCAUCCAGGACACCGACAGAACUGAGGGUCAGGAACAUUUGGAUGGAAACAAUGAUGAAAAGAUCAGAGAUGAAGAAAGCAGCAAGAUGAGCGAAAAGCCUCCUAAAGGUUCCUCUGCCACCUUGCCUGCCACCACAGAAGACGACAGCUUUGGCACAAGAAAGGCUCGCUCAUCUUUUGGUAAAGGCUUCUUCAAGAUCCGUGGAGGCAAGAAAACAACCAAUAGUCCCAACCUCGACCGCAGCAGGAGUGCAAGUGCCCCUAUGCUAGCUGAAACAGAGGGACAGGGCACUGAUCAUCUGGAUCUUGCUGGACUGCCGCAGAGGUCAUCUAACAGUGACAGCACACACACACUUCCUACGACACCAGAGAACAGGAAGAAAUCUAAAGGAAUAAAAAAACUAUUUGGGAAGCUUAAGAGGAGCCAAUCAACCACGUUUAACCUGGAUGACAACCUGCCAGAGGGUGAGUUCAAGCGGGGUGGAGUGCGUGCCACUGCAGGACCAAGACUGGGCUGGUCCCGUGACCUCCAGCGAGUCAACAAUGAUGUGGAUGCUCCCUUUGCACGCUGGUCCAAGGAUCAGGUUUGUGACUGGCUGCAGGAACAGGGUCUUGGUCUUUAUGUGAACAUGGCUCGUGUCUGGGUUUCCUCUGGACAGACUCUACUACAGGCUUCACAACAAGACCUCGAGAGGGAGCUGGGUAUCAAACACCCGCUGCACAGGAAGAAGCUGCAACUGGCUCUGCAGGCCCUCGGGUCAGAGGAGGAGGAUAAUAAGGGAAAGCUGGACUACAACUGGGUGACAAGAUGGCUGGAUGAUAUCGGCCUGCCUCAGUAUAAGACCCAGUUUGAUGAGGGCAGAGUGGAUGGGCGCAUGCUGCACUACAUGACCGUGGAUGACCUGCUUUCUCUGAAAGUGGGUAGUGUCCUGCAUCACCUCAGUAUCAAGAGAGCCAUUCAAGUUCUGCGACUCAACAAUUAUGAGCCCAACUGUUUGCGUCGCAGGCCAUCAGACGAGAACAAUAUUUCACCUGCAGAGAUUUCCCAGUGGACCAACCACAGGGUGAUGGAGUGGCUUCGCUCCGUGGACCUUGCUGAAUAUGCUCCCAACCUAAGAGGCAGCGGGGUCCAUGGUGGACUGAUGGUUCUGGAGCCACGGUUCAAUGUGGAGACCAUGGCUCUGCUACUGAAUAUCCCCCCCAACAAGACUCUGCUAAGGCGCCACCUUGCCACACAUUUCAGUCUGCUCAUUGGCUCAGAGGCCCAGCAGCUCAAGCAAGAGUGUCUUGAGAAUCCAGACUACACUUUGCUUACUGCCACCACCAAAGUCAAGCCAAAGAAACUGUCGUUUGGUAAUUUUGGCAGUCUGAGAAAGAAAAAGCAGGAUGAGAACGAGGAGUAUGUGUGUCCGAUGGACGUGGAGAUGCCAAAGGGACGAAGCUUCCAGAAAGGCUUUGAGCUGCAAAUCUAUGAGGACGACCUGGACCGGCUAGAACAGAUGGAGGACUCGGAGGGAACAGUGAGACAGAUCGGAGCUUUCUCUGAGGGAAUUCAGAAUCUCACAAGCAUGCUGAAAGAUGAUGAAUUCUUUAAAGAGAUUUCAAACUCGCCGAACCCCAGUGUGACAGAUGAGGACUCCAAUGCAUGAGGCUGUCAGCAUCAGACCUGGUCCUGCUGUGAAUGAAACUCUGUGCCAACCCUCUCCACUUGCACACAGAUUACUCUCAGCAAACAUCAAUAAAGUUCCCAUUUUUCCUUUUAGUGUUACAUUCAAAGAAGAGCCAGCAGUAUUACAGCAUCUGUCUUUUUCUCAGUUUUAAACCAUGGUGUUGUAAAAGCCUUCACAAGCCUCCGUUGCUAUCAUCUGGUGUUAGAGGUAACAUUUAGGAGAACGCCACUGUUUGCCUGCCAGCUGGUUUCUGGAAAUAUUUAGUACUCGAUUACUUAUGGACACUGUUCUGGCUCUCAUAGAACAGAAGUGUCAACCAGCAGGAAAAUGACACCAAGAAAAUGCCAAUAUAGAUUUAAUAUAUACACAUUUUGACUGUGGAGGUUUUGGAAAAAGAUUGACUUCAUAGAAGUAGAAAACUUCAUAGAAGUAAUGAGAGUAUAGCCCUAUUUUCUCUCUCUUUUUUUAAAUUAGUGUAAAGUAAUAACUUUGCAACAGCUGCUAUGUUUUUUCUACACAACUGAACCUUGCUAAUUAAAUGAUAUUGAUCUUGUAUUUUAUUAUUUUCUAAAGACUUUGACUUGUACCCAUGCAUUUGCACAUAUACACACACUACAAAACCUAACGAAUUUCAUUGUAUUGACAUUUAAAAGUCAUUCAGAAGAGUUUAUUUCUUUUGUUUUUAUCAUAAAAGGAUUUUGGAAACCUGUUGUCCGAUGUUUUUAUUUUAGCAUUAUGAUGAGAUAAAAUAAUGAUGCAACUCAACUCUCAACCAUAUCUCUAAAUAUAAUUUUUUAAAACUUGUAUAGUGAAUUUAAGUACAAUAAAUGGGAUCAAAACAGAUUUUAUUGAACUUUACAAAUAAACUGCCAGAUGCUGGAAGCCGUGUUACUACACAAAUCAUGGCUCCAACUGUAAAGAAGUAAUAAGUCGACCACAAUUUAUAUCGUAACUCGGAUGUGAAAGCUGGAAAUGUGUGAACAUGUACUAAUGUGCUUUUUGUAACAAGAUGAAAAUAUGUUGAAGGAGCCUUUAAUAGGUCUAACUUGGCAUGUUUUUGAA